AUAUUAAUAAUAUUAACAUGUGUUUCCAAAAAUUGUUAAAUUAUUAAUUUCCUUUUAUUAACCAUUUUAUUAAAUGUAUGGUGCCACUCCAUACCCAGUGCUGGUAUGCUUGCUCACCUUUGGAUUCUGAAAACCUCGAUUGGAGUCCUAGAUAUGUGAUUCCUGUUCUUGAGAAAUAUGAACACAAGACACUUCUUAUUCAUAUUUGAUUUUCUGAAAGUAACUGAUGUCAAAGUAGCUGAAGAAGCACCAAAGGGCAAAGGUAAAGGAAAGCUAGUAGAGGAACCAGUGAUUGAAGCUAAAGAUGAGGUCAAGGAAAACAAUGAUGCAGUCUCAGUAACAGAUAAAAAGGUAAAGCGUGGAAAGAAAAAAGUGGCAAGUAAUACAAAUGGACAGGAUCAUGUGGAUGACAAAUCAGAGGAAAACGCUCCACCAGCAAAGAAAGGUAGAAAGAAAAAGGUUGCAGAAUCUGAUGCUGACGAAGCUUCUACUGAUGGACAUGACAAUGGUGAUGCUGAAACCAAUGGAGACUCAGAGGAGACUGAAAAAGUACCAACAGGUAGGGGGCGAAACAAACAAGCGAAAAAACCAGUAGAACCAAAAGAAGUAAAGACUGGAAGAGGUAGGAAAACACAAGCAGAGAAAGCAAAUGGUGAUGCAGAGAAAGAAUCUUUAGAAAAGAAACCUUCAGCUGCGAAGCGGGGGCGUAAAGCUCAGUCUAAAGAUGAGGAAAAUGAGGAAGAAGAUGUAAAGUCUGAACCAGUGGCUAAAGGUAGAAAGAGAGCACCAAAAGUUGUGAAGGAGAAGACACCAGAGAGUGAGAAAGAAGUGGAUGAUAAAGAGGAACUGGAAGAGAAGGUAGUGGAAGAGCCUAAGAAGAAAGAGGCUAAGGGAAGGAAAGGCCGGGGGAAGAAAGCCAAAGAGGAGAUAGAGGAAGAUAACGAAGAAGAACAAACAGAAGAAAAAGGGAAAGGUGAUGCAAAGGCUGAUGAAGAAGCAGAGGAAGUGGAGGAAGAAGCAAAGCCUGUAAAAGGCAAAAGGGCUCCAAAGAAAAGGUCAGCUGAUACAAAGCAAGAAGAAACAGAUACAGGGGAACCAAUGAAAAAGAAGCGUGCUCUUUCUCAAGACGUUAAAACUGCGCCACCCAAAAACAAAUCAUCAACAGACUUCGACGCAUUGGAUUUCUCAAAUUCCUCGAAGAACCAACAGGAAAAAGAAUGGAAUUUUAAAAUCGCUAGUUGGAAUGUUGAUGGUAUAAGAGCUUGGUUGAACAAAGGAGGUCUUGAUUACAUAAAAUAUGAGAAACCCGACAUUUUGUGCCUGCAGGAGACGAAAUGCGCUCAGGAUAAGCUCCCUGAUGAGGUAGCUAACUUGCCGGGUUACCACGCUUACUGGCUGGGCAGUGAUAAGGAUGGUUACGCAGGCGUAGGCAUCUACACGACAAAACUCGCAAUGAACGUCCAAUAUGGGUUACAGGACGAGGAGUUAGACAGCGAGGGUCGUAUAAUUACAGCCGAGUAUGAGCACUUUUACCUGAUAUGCACUUAUGUUCCUAAUGCUGGUCGAAACCUAGUCACACUCCCCAAGAGAUUAAAAUGGAAUGAGCAAUUCCGAAAAUACGUUAACGAUCUAAAUAAAAAGAAACCCGUUAUUAUAUGCGGCGAUAUGAAUGUAUCACAUGAGGAAAUUGAUUUGGCAAAUCCUAAAACAAACAAAAAGAACGCCGGAUUCACAAUCGAAGAAAGGACUGGCAUGAGCGAGUUGCUAGGCGAUGGUUUCGUGGACACCUUUCGUCACCUCUACCCGGACAAAACCGGCGCAUAUACUUUUUGGACUUACAUGAAAAAUAGCAGAUCGAAAAACGUUGGCUGGCGCCUAGACUACUUCAUAGUAUCGGAGAGGUUGCUACCAUCGCUGUGUGACAACGUCAUCAGAGACCAGGUGUACGGCAGCGAUCAUUGUCCGAUCACACUCUUCCUGCACCUCACUAGCGCUGACAAACCCAAGUAGUCAUUAAGUUAAACUACACUCAUUUUGAGCUCAACGAUUUUCAUCAUUCCUAAAUAUUGUGACAUUUUUUUUGAAGUAAUAUUAAAUUAUAUUUCUGGUAA